ACCACUUUUGACUCAAAGCAGUAAAACAGUCAUUGCAGUUUCUUUCAAGUUGUUCUGUUACGAACACGUUCACAGAAUUUUCAGUUGAGGAGAAAAGGCAAAGGGUUAAAUUGAGAGAGAUGGGUAGUGGAAAACAGUUAGCAAUUUUGCUGUCGACUAUUGUCGCCUCGUUAACGUUUGCUGAGGGAUUUCCGGAUGGAGCACCAGUAGACGCUUGUGUGAAGCCACGACCCAAUCAGCCUUAUCACGGUCAAGCUAAACCACAACCUUUGGCAACCAACCCUUAUGCUGUUAUUGCCUCUGCCGAACAAUUUCAGCCCGGUGCACAAAUAACGGUGAAAAUUGUUGGAGAUUCUUUUAAGGGAUUCUUCCUGCAAGCACGUGAUGUAAAUACACACGAAUGGAUUGGUUCUUGGUCAAAAACAGACAACACUGUAGCACACUCUGAAUGCAGUGCUAUAACCCACGCUGAUCCACGUGAUAAGCAUCAAGCUACCCUCAUUUGGAAUGCUCCUUUAAACGCAAGAGGACACGUCUACUUCACUGGCAGUGUCUUGAAAGAUUAUGCAACAUUCUGGGUUGAUAUUACAUCCCGAGUUGGAAAAUAAUUUUCCCCUCAAGUUUUCAACAACAUUUUGAGUUUUCGAAAGUUUUGAGAAGAGGAAUCAUUAAAUUAUAAUUGUUAUCGACUCGAAGAAGAUAGUUGUGCUUACCUCGAAGGACAAUAACCUCGUCUCGUCGCAAUUCUCAAGAAUUUUAUUAAAGGACGUAAGAUUUCGGUCAAGGUUAUAAAUAUCAAGGAAGCAAAUUAUAUGAGAAAAUUGUGUUAUCAAUUUUGUUUUACAAAAUGUGAAUAAUAGUAUUGAAAAUAUGUGUUUAAAUAUAUGUAUAUAAUUUUA